UAAUUUAAUUGUUUAAUCAGGUCUCAGUGGAAGCUCAUCCGUAGCAUAUUUUUAUAUAAAUAAUGACAUAAAUUUUCAAGAAAAAGAAAAAGUAAGAAAAGUUUGUUAGAGCAUAUUUACAGUGCUCUUGUAAUUAGCUGGACUGUUGCCAGAGUAUUGUCAGUUCUGCUCAGUCUAUUGUUGAUACCUAGUGGCUGGUGCGGUGCGGACAGUUUUUAUUGUCUCCGUUGCGUACAUUGUUGAUACCUAGUGGCUGGUGCGGUGCGGACAGUUUUUAUUGUCUCCAUUGCUUAGUGGAAUCAUCUCAGUUAUCAUGCUUUUCUUAAAUUGUUGGUCACAGUGUUAAAACUCUAUGCACGGAAUAAGAUCCAAACCAUCAACAUUGAUUUAAACUUAACAAGUUCCUUGCCAAUUAAUUACAACACGUAGUGUGUGUUGGUAGAGUAUAAUGGGCAAACAGAAUAGCAAACUCAAACCAGAAGUACUUGAAGAUCUCAGACAGAACACUGAAUUUUCAGAUGCUGAAAUACAAGAAUGGUACAAAGGUUUCCUGAAGGACUGCCCAAGUGGACACUUGAGUGUAGAAGAAUUCAAGAAGAUCUACGGUAACUUCUUUCCCUAUGGGGAUGCGUCCAAGUUUGCAGAGCAUGUGUUCCGGACGUUUGAUGCUAAUGGUGAUGGCACCAUUGACUUCCGAGAGUUCUUGUGUGCAUUGUCUGUGACAUCGAGGGGAAAGCUGGAGCAGAAACUCAAGUGGGCCUUCAGUAUGUACGACCUGGACGGAAAUGGGUUCAUCUCCCGUCAGGAAAUGCUAGAAAUUGUCACUGCCAUCUACAAAAUGGUAGGGUCUGUCAUGAAGAUGCCUGAGGAUGAAUCAACUCCAGAGAAAAGAACAGAUAAGAUAUUCCGUCAGAUGGAUAAGAACCAGGACGGAAAGUUGUCCUUGGAAGAGUUCAUCGAAGGAGCCAAGAGUGACCCCUCCAUCGUGAGGCUACUACAAUGUGACCCCCAGGCCCAGUAAUGUCUCAUAAUCAUAAUAAUAAAACGUACAAAUUAAUUUAUUAAACCGGCUGGUUCGCUCGUCGACCGGUACAUUAAUUGAAGUCACUGAAUUUGUUCUGAACCUAGAGUAGGAGGAGGCGAGGCGAACUGUCGGCGUCUCUCUCAUUAAGUAAUGCUUAGUCACGGUACCCUCAUUACCAAAAAGAAACUUUAAUUUUUUGAAAGUGUUACUGUAAAUUUGUAAAAUAAUUAUUAAACUUACAAAUAUUUUUUUCUAUUAAUUAAUAAUAUAGAGUUUAGUAGCGAGAUUAGUUUGUGGUCGUACCUCAGUCUUCCUGUGCUAAGUGGUGGGAGUCAGGUGCACUCACUGGAACCUGCAGAGGUGUGUGUCGGUCACUUUUUGUCUUAUGUUGAUACGAUUGUGUAAAAUAUCUCAUUUUUUCUCUUUGUUUCGAGUGCUAUGUACAUUGUUUAGAGCCAUUGUAGUUAUAUUUUUAAUGAAGAAAUGCUAUCGUUUAGAGUUUUAUAAUGCGAAAGUGUUAGUCAAUUAUGGGCCAACAGAUGUUAGAUUGUAUCUAUGUAUUGUGUCUGCUGUUAGAUACAAAUACUGGGUGCUAAUCCUUUUUUGAAUUUGUUUCUGGUUAUUUGUUAAAGUGCUUCGAGUUAUUUCUUAUUUUCUCUAACUAAGAGUAUUUCACAGGCUUAUCAUUGCUAUAAGUUACGAGAGGUGUCGGGCAAAAUUUUGAAACCAUUUGACUUUUACAGUAAUAUAAAGAUUAGUUGCAGUAUUCAUUUUUGUAGUAAUUUAUUUGAUACCAAUCUUUUGCUGAACUUAUAAAAUUUAGUAAGAGUAGUUGUUUAACAUUAGAGCUGUGAAAGUAUUGGUAUGGAAAAAGAUAAGUUAAAUGGAAAUGUUCUGUAUUGAGAUUGAAGUGACCUUAUUUAAUUCUAACUUUGUACCGUAACGUGAGGUGUUAGUCCAUUCUCUAGAGGAACACUGCACAGUAGUGGAGCUAUGAAAUACUCUUAUGUUGUUGCAGGCCAUAUCACUUUCACUACUUCUCCUCGUUGUUGAUCAUUGAAAUGUUUAGCUGUUCUGUACUCACAAAUAUCCAUUUUCUACUUAGACGUGGUGUGUAUGCAUGUUUAUCGUUUUUAUAUUUAUCUGUCGUUGUUUGUGGCCAGUUAAAUUUCCGUUUUAGAUCAGUUUGAAGCACUAGUGUUGUAACAUAUUGUAUAUAAGCUUGUUUCACUUUUACUUGUCAGCACUUACGUUAACGCUCAGAUGUUAUCAGCGUAAACCUGCCCGUAAUCUGGCAUCGUCUGACGCUCAGUCGCUCACGACUUACGUGUUUGUUAUGUUAAAUUUUGAUAACUGUGAGACACUAUUGAACUUAUAAUCCUGUUACUGUACUGUUCUCUAUGAGUAUAAAUUGUAUUCUCUUGUAUAUUAGAUCAAGAAAAAAUAGUUGUUACAGAAUUUCAUUUACUUUCCUGAAGGGUGCACACAAUUAGUAUACAGGUAUUUGUUUAAACCUUAAAUGUGAUAGCCAAUAAACUAAAUGCUUUUUAAAUUGGCAUUUGUGAGUAAUCCAUUUUCAUUUAUUGUGCUAAAGUUAUGCUAUACUGCCAUAAAAGUAUGAAAAUUGCAUGAGAUCCUUGCUUCUUAUUCACCCUUUAAAUAUGUAAUCAAAAAGUAUAAACAGUCAAUUCAUAACUUGAUUAAUAACUGAGGUUUCAGUUUGAUUAUAUAUACUUUAACUAAAACACCAUUGUUUAAUUCAAUUAAAUUCCAAAGUUCUUUGUUGAAAUAUUUACUUGUUAUAAGAAUAGCAACAAUAUAAAUCUAUUUAUUUCCCUUACAUGAUUGUAGACACAAUUAACUUAAACAAGUUUAACAUUUACAAAAUAAAGUAGUAUUAACUGUAGCUAUUGGUUCUGUGGGUUUCUACAAAGUAAAUUAUGGCAAUUAUACUUUUACAACUAUACAUAAAUGUAUUAAUUUAUACAAACAUAAUAACACUUUUACAGACAAAAGGUUCUAAAAAGAAUACAAUGAUACAAAUAAAUAGUUUUUAAGUAAUUUUUGAAUUUAUCAUAUAGGUUCAUUUGGUACAUUAGGAGAAGAUUAAACAAUCAUGUUGUAACAAUGAAACUAGUUUUCUUCUCAUAAAAAUUCAGCCAAUAUUGUUCCUUGUACUUCCUGUGUUUUAUAUUGUAAUCAUCCCAAUUUAAAAUACUAAUUGAAUUGCUAUGUUUAUUUUAUUAUUACUUAAUGUCAAUAAAAAAUACAUAUUUUUGAAUAUCGACACUGCAUUGUUGAAUCUCCACGUAGAACCAUUAGUUACUAUAAUUUCAAAUGAGAAACUGGUAUAAGAAUCAAACUGCUCUUCUUAAGUAUUAAGUAUGUAUUGGCUAAAAUAGGUAAAGUAAACUUUUAAACCAGAACUUGUUUGUUUAAAAAAAAAUGCUAUUGUUUAUAGUUGUUUAAUACAUUGAAAUAUGCAGUAGCUGAUCUUAUAACUUACAUUGGUUGAGUUCACAUGUAUUGAUGUUCUUUUUGUAAAAGGACAAAUAGUUUGCACAUUUUGGUGUAAUUUAAACUGAACUACUUUAAAUCUAUAAUCUAAAUCAGCCAUUGUAACAUUAAAAUGAUUACUUAUUUAUGAUUAAAAGAUUCCACCAUUUUUUAAGUAUAUUUUAUCACAGUUCUCAAUAAUUGAUUUCCUCAACUGAUUUAUUUAUUCUGCAACCAUAAGACUUGUAAUCUUUGAAUGUAUUAACAUUAAAUGUGAUUUUUAAUAAGUUCACACAAUAAAUUUAUCUAUGGCCUCUUUAUCAGAUCAUGAGUAUUUAUUAAAUGCAAGUACAUUAAAUAAUGAUUUAAGUAAAUAUAAAACAUACAAAUUCUAAAACCGAACAAUAAACUGACAUCACUUCAUUAUUAUUGUCUCUUGUCUGAGGGCUGGGAAAUACACAUUACAUUAGUGCCAGGCAGAUGUUAUAUUGGUGCUUGUUCCAAUAACCUUUCUACUUUAUUUUCAUACUUAAUGUAAAAUGUGAAUGAAUAGCAAUAAAUUGUACUCUUAACAUUAAAUCCCAAUUUUUUUAAAAUUUAUCUUUAAUCUAUUGUUAUAAAUAACAAAUUACAUAUUAAUUCCUUGAAACGCUGCAAUUUAGAUGGGAGAAUUAUACAAAAACAAAAUCGUGGUUGCAUUUUUGUGGACAUCACAUCUAUAAAGGCUACAUACAAAUGUUCUGCUCAAUGAAUCUCUUAAAUUUUUCUGAUUGAAUAAUACAAUCGAACAGAUAUUCAGAGGCCAUCAUAGUGUAAAGGUAUUUUCCAUAACUGAUAUUUGCAAAAAAUUUAUUUUUCUUCUUUACAAAACAAUUUGUUAGUACAGAUAUUUGACUGGUAGUAAUUUUACAAUAUACAACAUAAUGGUAAGUUGGUGUUUCAACACUACUAUUAUUAUAAUUUUCCCUAAAUUUAGGUUAACUCUAGUAGUAUAAUGUAAUCUAACAUAAAAUGUGCGUCUUAGUUACUUUUUCUUCAUUAUUCUUUAAUGAAAUAUAUACUUUUAGCUUAUUGUUUGCUUGUUUGUCAUUUUUGUUUUGUUUUGAUUUUUUAUAAAUGUCAUAAUUAAUUUAAAUUGAUGGUUCUUUACUUAAUUAAGCAUAGAACGUCUGUCUUCAUUUAACUUUCAAACUGGAGCUGAUUCAAUAGCUUGAGAUUAGUUUAAAAAAUUAAACAAAGAUAAAAUCAGAUAUAGUUUAUAUAUAAUUCCAGCCAUGGAGCAGAGAUGUGAAUAAUUGUAUAUUUACCCUUAGUGAAGGAGUGGAGGGAAGGAUUGAUUGGCAACAUGUUGAUGUUUGACUUACAACCUAUGACCCCUUCUGGAUGUUUGCCAGUCAUAACUCCACAGGUGACAGUCAUGAGCCCAAACUCUGCUUCUCAGUUCACCUUUUAAAUACAUGUGUAUUCAGAUAUAGCAUUAUUGAGGAGCUGUUACUAACAGUUCUACAGUCCAUUCCGGUCUCUUGGAGUCGUUCAACAGAUUGUUGGUCUCUUCUACUCCAUUAAUAGCUCUCGUGUAAUACUGUACAGUAAGAUUUCCAUUAUUCUUUGCAAGAUUUUCACAUUUACAUCACAUUUACAUUUUGCUGGGAACCGGUCUUGUUUUAUGAGUGAGUUGUAGUUACUAUAGUGUCCAUCACGGUCCCCAACUCUAGUAAUCUCCAUCUCCAGUUCUACUAUGUUCCUAUACUUGAGAAAGUUAUAAAAGUUCAUUUCCUCCAUUUAUAAUUUCUCAUCUGAUGGAAAUCAGUAAAUGGCAUUGUAUUAGUUUGUAAUGCUAAUGUACUAAAUCAUUUGUUAUAAAUAAUGUUUAACUGUAAGAUAUUUAUUGUUGGUCAAUUUAGGUUUGACUGUUAUAUAACGAAUGAGGGUUGUUUUAAGAUUUUCAGUCACUUUUUAAUAUACUAGUGUGUACUUGAACAUGUUUUAUUACAAUAAAAUAUUUAAUGCUAUUGAAA